CCUACAUCUAAAAUAGGAAGAGAUCACAGAACCUGCGGCUGUGCAAGGUUGAUCUCUUAGUUCCGUCUUUAUACCUAUUCAGUGCGUUGCAUUAUUGAGAUAAACACACUUUCUGACAAUACUGACGAUGCAAGAAACUCUGCUGAGAGUGUUUGUGGUGGGUCUCGGUCUCUUAAUGUGUCCAAGGGAUGACCCUGGAGUUGAGGAAUGGGACGAUAUUGUCAACAAGGACAUGCAAAGGCAUGAAGAGAAGCUGCCGAGAGAGGAAGAGAAACUCGACCAGGAAAUGCCACCUGUCAGUGAGAAAAUACACACAGACAAAAAUGAGACUGAAGAUGACAGAAACAUUCAUGAUGAACAGAAGAAGUCUGAUCAAAAUGUCACUGAGGCUGCUUUAAAGACAUCACAAGAUGCUAAUGAGCUAAAGGGAAAAGAUAUCCAUACUGACAGCCCUUUUGGAGACCCUGGCAGACCACAGGGCCAGCAUGCAAAACCUGAGAAGGAAAUAUCAAGUUCCAAAGGACAAGACACACCUUUUAAAAACGUCAAGACAUCAGAAAAUGAAACCUCAGAGAAAUCAAUUGCAGAAUGGGAAAGAGAUUACCUCUGGUACAUUUGGAACACAUUCUCAGUCAUUUCCAUGAUCCGUUUCUGUUGGAAAUACCUGAAUAGGAAUUCCCAAACGACACAAGUAGCAGCCUCCCCUGUGACGUGCGCUGCUGAUAAAGUGGAGCUACCGGACAUUGGCACUCUUCACGAUUUUUAUGCUAAAUAUGUUCAAGAAUCAUCUCAAAAGAAGUGGAGGAAGGAUGAGUUUCUGGAAGGAUUUGCAAAUGACCUGCUAGAUGCUAUGAGGACCAUAUGUGGUAGAAAUGGCAGUAUGGUGAUUGAGGACUUUCAGAUGCUCAGUGCCUGUAAUAUCAUUGUCCCUUUGACCCCACCUAAGCCAUUUAGUUUUCACAUUCAGCUCUGUAACCACAAAGGGAGGGAUUUUUCAAAUAUGCCAGUGUGCGGUCAAAUAAAACUUUUGGAAAAUAAGAAAACCCAAGAUUGCCACUGUCAGAACUCUGAUGCAGAUGAGGAUAUGGUUUGCCUGCUGCAUUCUGACCACAAUGAGAACAUAAGGACAGAAAUUACUGAGGUUUGUGAUGGUUUUCUGUGCUCAAAGAACACUCCUUUCUUGUCAAAAUCACUGGUCUCCAGAUGGUUUCAGAGCACUAUAAAACAAGCAUGGAGACUGAUUUCACACAAGUAUGAGUUUGAGCUCAACAUUCACUAUAUUGAUGCUCCUGGUGCUCUAGUGAUCAGAUUCAAGUCAGGCAAGAAGAUCACCUUCAGUAUGAAUCCCGUGGUUACAUUUAAUAAUGAUGCUUAUUUUUUCAUUACACCUUUGUCCUCAAGUGAUUUAGAUACUUUCUGGAGACUAUCCUUAACCAGCUAUGAAGACCAUCUCCUAGAACAUCUCUCGAAACGCCUGCCUGAAAAUGCUUGUCAUAUUCAAGCACUUGAAAUUGCACGUUUCCUUCACAAGAGGCAGACGGCAAUGACAGGAAGUAGUGCUCUGAAGGAUUUUCAUUUCAAAACGGCCCUAAUGCAUCUGCUUCUCACCACAGACCCAAGACAGUGGAACGCAAACUGUGUUGAUUCUAGGUUACGAGACUUGCUAUCCUUUAUAGAAAGAAGUCUUGAGAAAAAGGUACUCAAACACAUUCUCAUUGGCAAUCCUUUAACUGAGGUUAUUGAACUUCCUGUUGAAUUAAUCAGAGCAAAGCCAGUGAAUCUCUUCCAUCCUCUUGUGGUACAUAACUGCAUGUACAGGAAUGCUAUGACACAUUUCCAGGAGAUGCUUAGAAAUGCAUACAUGAUGGUUGAUGACUACGCAAAAUAUACUGAAAGAGCAAGUUGAAAAAAUUGAAGACAGUGCAAUUUAG